AUGAAACUGUCAGUGCUGUGCGUGUUCACGUGUGUUUUUGCUUGCAUACAAGCCUGGGGUCGUGGCGAUUUAGAGAAAUAUGGGCCCUUUCAAAUCGCUCUUCGUUCGAAGUUAUUAAAAUGUGACCACGAUAGAACAUUUAACCUGGACGUAAGUGAAAUCGAGGUCUAUUUUUACGACUUCCCCAGAAAUGAAGUCGAAACAUUUGCAAUAAAAAAUGCAGCCGAAGGAAUUCUUAAUUAUACGGAAUUGGACAAAUUGAGGAGACUAAUAAUAUUCGUUGGGGGUUACAAGUCUAAUAUCAACAAGAAGACGGAAGAGCGUAUCAGAGAUACGUUUAGGAAUUUUCCAAACAGCUAUUUGAUUAUACUCGAUCAUUCGCCAUACACAAACGAUAAACAGGGAUACAUCAAAAGUUACGAGAGAUCCGUCAGAUACGUACACUACAUUGGAAAGGAGUUAGCUCAGAUGCUCACCAGCUUAAAGAAAGGAGGUAUAUCUCCGAGGAACAUUCACUGCAUUGGGCACAGUCUCGGUGGCCAAAUCCUUGGUCAUACAGGACAGAUAUUCUUCGAGAACACCGGUGAGAAGAUCUGGAGGAUAACGGCGCUCGACCCAGCAGGGCCUUGCUUUUCGAACAGCUUCAUCGAAGAACAGAUCAGAUCGGGGGUCGCGGCGUACGUCGAAAUCUAUCACUGUAACGCCGGUGGCCUCGGAACGACUAGCGUCCUAGGUGACGUGGACUUUUUCGUAAACAAGAAAGGCCAGUCGCAGCCAAAUUGCAAGACACCUCUGAUACCCGGAAUCUUCGAUUCGUCGAAAGCGGCUAAAUGCAAUCACAGGGCCUGCAUCGAAUUGUGGACGGCGACCGUUAGUCAUCCGGAUUGGUUUGUGGCCCGGAAGUGUGAUUCGUACAAGAAAUACAAAGGUGGCAGUUGUUCGGCGAAUGACGUCACUAUAGCUGGUUUUUGGAAUCCGGGGAAUGCCACUGGCGUAUAUUACUUUACAACUGAAGGCUAUGACGUACAG